CUGACAUCAGUAGAGUAGUUGUGCAGGGAUCCAGUGUAAGUUGCGGCUGAAAGUUGUGUUCUGAAGAAAGAAGCUGUGUCGGGAUGCUGCGUGGAUCUCUAUCGCUGGGCCGGUGCUACAGGGCCGCUCGGGCGGCGCUCCGGCCCUUGCACACGGUCUAUCAAACUGCAGAACUGCCGGAAACUCACCAAAUGCUGCGCGACACCUGUCGGGAAUUUGCAGAGAAGGAGCUGCAGCCGAUAGCAGCCGAGUUGGACCAGAAGCACCGAUUUCCCCAGGAUCAGGUUCGACAGAUGGGGCAGAUGGGACUGCUGGCAGUUGACGUCCCAGAGGAGCUGGGAGGGGCUGGGCUUGAUUAUCUGGCAUAUUCUAUCGGAGUGGAAGAGAUCAGCCGUGGGUGUGCAUCUACAGGGGUCAUCAUGAGUGUAAAUAAUUCUCUUUAUUUAGGUCCUAUCCUUAAACAUGGUUCAGAAGAACAAAAAAGGCAGUGGAUUUCUCCAUUUUGCAGUGGAGACAAAAUUGGUUGUUUUGCUCUCAGCGAGCCAGGUAAUGGUAGCGAUGCUGGUGCUGCAAGCACGACUGCAAAGCUGGAUGGAGAGGAGUGGGUUUUAAAUGGCACAAAAUCCUGGAUCACAAAUGCCUGGGAUGCUUCUGCAGCUGUUGUGUUAGCAACCACAGAUAAAAGCCUAAAACACAAGGGCAUCAGUGCUUUCUUAGUGGAGAUGCCAACUCCAGGUCUGUCGCUAGGUAAGAAGGAAGAUAAACUGGGUAUCAGAGCUUCUUCCACUGCAAACCUAAUAUUUGAAGACUGCCGCAUCCCAAGGAAGAAUCUUCUGGGUCAACCAGGAAUGGGCUUUAAAAUUGCAAUGCAAACCUUGGAUGCUGGCAGAAUUGGGAUUGCAUCUCAGGCUCUUGGGAUUGGACAGGCAGCAAUAGACUGUGCCGUAGACUAUGCAGAAAAACGCCUAGCAUUUGGAGCCCCUAUCAGUAAAUUGCAAGCUAUACAGUUUAAGUUGGCAGACAUGGCGUUGGCACUAGAAAGUGCUCGGCUUCUAACCUGGAGAGCGGCCAUGUUAAAGGAUAACAAGAAGACCUUCUCUAAAGAAGCAGCAAUGGCAAAACUGGCAGCUUCUGAGGCAGCUACACAAAUCUCUCACCAGGCCAUUCAGAUACUAGGAGGAAUGGGCUACGUAACGGAUAUGCCUGCCGAGCGCCAUUACCGAGACGCAAGAAUUACAGAAAUCUACGAGGGCACGAGUGAGAUCCAGAGGCUGGUGAUAGCCAAUCAACUUCUGAAAGAAUACCGAAGUUGAUUUCCUGCAGUAUAAUGUGCUUGAUGGCCUGAAAUUCAAGCCCUGAGCUAAACUCUUUCAGGGAAAUCAGCAGCUGCAGGACUUUAUUAUACCACUGUGCCUAAGUGAUAUUGGCCACACAAGCUCCAACUAUCUAUACAAAACGUUUUGUUAUACAGCUCCUGCUUGCCCAGAUAACAUCACUUUGGUGCCUACAUCAGCACCAUAUGUAGAAAAUGGAUUCUCUCUGCAGUAUAGCUGCCAGGUUCUGGCUAAAGAUGGUGUGAAAAUAGAGAAAUGUAAAGCCGAUAAUUAAGUGAUCUUUGGUCAAUAAUCAAGGCACCCCAAACUUAUUCUUAUGUACAAUCUAGGGAAUAAAAGGAUUCCUUUUGUACUAAU